AUAUUUUUUUCAUGUGUUUUCCUGUCUUUCCAGAAAAUGCUGUUAAAGAUGACAGCCGCAUUGCCCGUGCUGCUGGGCUUUGUAAAAAAUUGGUGGGACAUUUCUCCCACAGCUGGAAGCAGAAGAUGGCACUGAAAGAAGCACAACAGGAGCACAACCUCCCAGAGCACUCACUCAUCACAGAAUGCCCAACUAGGUGGGGCUCGAGGCAAAAGAUGAUGGAGAGGAUCUUGGAGCAGCGGCAAGCCAUAUCUAAUGUCCUCUCGGCAGACCGAAAAACACGGCAUCUGGUUCCCUCCUGGCAGGACCUGGAUGUACUGGAGUCUGUAAACCUGGCAUUACACCCUUUGCAAGUAUUUACUGAUGCUCUUUCCGGGGAAAGCUAUGUGAGUGUUUCAUAUGUGAAACCAGUCCUUCAUCUCUUGAAUACAUCAGUUCUUGCAGAAAAGGAAGAUGACACCAAUUUAACCAAGACCAUUAAAGUGAAAAUCCUGGAUUACAUGAAUACAAAGUAUGAUGACCCAGCAACACAAGAACUUCUGGACACUGCAUCCUUCAUGGACCCCAGGUUCAAGGUCAGCUACAUCAGCAGCGAAAGAGUCCAAGACAUCAAGACCAGGGUGAUGUCAGAAAUGAAAGAAACAGCACGGAAGGAGGGAACACCUUCUGACAACACUGAGGCCCAAAGCAUGGAUCCACCCAGCAACAAGAAGGCAAAGCGAUCAUUGGGCAGUUUGCUCAAAACAAGUCCAGGCCCCACCACUUCCACCGCAUCUUCCAUGCAGCUGGAGCAAGCUCUUGAAGCUGAACUUAACAGCUACUUGCUGUCCCCCACCAUUGACAGUGAGGCAGACCCUUUGGCUUGGUGGAAACUCCACCAGGUCACCUACUCAAAGCUAAGCAAACUAGCUCGGAGGUAUCUUUGUAUAGCUGCCACUAGUUCACCCUCUGAGAGGCUAUUCAGCACAUCAGGGAAUGUGGUAACAUGUCAACGUGCAUGUUUGAAACCCAGCAAAGUCAACAUGCUGGUUUUCUUGGCCAAGAACUUGCCCUAAAGAAUAACUUGCCAUAAGGGUAGAUUUUUUUUUUCCUGAUUGUAUCUUGAUUUAGUUAUUUCAAUUUUCCCCCGCAUACUAUAGAUCUCUGCACCUUGUUGGGCGGAGUCGAGGGCCUUGAUGAUUGUAAUGGGAGACAUUAGUUAUUUUAAAUUGCCAUGCCCAUGUUUAAUUUAUAUUUAUUUAAUUAUUUAAGUUGUUUUCCCCCAGAUAUUUUUUUAUUUCAAGAGUUCAAUGGUUUUGUUCAGUUUAGAAGAAAAUAUUUUAAAUAGAGCAGGGGAAAUUAAACUUCGUUGGGUGUUCAUGUUGUGCACUUUGUUCAAUAAAAGUUAAAUAAAAUAAUUUAUUUCAUUUCUUUAUUCAGUGGGCAUAGGCUAUUCAAUGUUUGGGGUCUAUGUUAGCAGUGUACCUAUUAUAGCAGAAAGACAGGAACUGUAUAGCUAAUAUGCACACUUCAAUAUUUGUUUAUUUAUCGCAAGUCAUAUCUCAUCGCAAUAUUGAACAAUGGUAUCGCACA